GCUUUCUGUUAUUCCCUCUCACCUUUUCUCCUGCCUGCCUGUUUUGUCUCUUGUGCCCUCCUUCCUUCAGCACAGCACUCCACCAUAUGCACCAGCAGCAGACACAGUUUUCUACACUCUGGAUCCUAGUGGCACCCCCACACCGUCUGGCAUCUGAGGCAGCCACCUCAGUUCACCUCAUGAGACAAGGUACUGGAGCAACAAAUGGAAAAGACAAGACAUCUGGUGAGAAUGAUGGACAGAAGAAAAUUCAAGAGGACUUUGACAUAGACAUGGACGCACCAGAGACAGAACGGGCUGCAGUGGCGAUACAGUCUCAGUUCAGAAAAUUCCAGAAGAAAAAGGCAGGAUCCCAGUCUUAGUAGCUACCUUGUAGUUUAAAGUGGUAGUUCUGAGGUGAUCUGUCAGGAAAUUAAUAAAUAAAACUAAGAUGCAUGUACAGAAUAUUUAAAACCCUAUUGGCAGGUAUGUAACAAUGAGCUUGUGAGUGGCUUCAUCCUUGUGAUUAUCUCCAAUCCCUUUUCUUCUGUAACUCACCAUUUUACUUGAUGUUGUAAUAAAAAGUUAGGAUGAAGUAAUUA